AUUAUCGGAACUGUCAUCAAUCAGAUCUUCCUCUUCCUGGUCGUCAUCUGCCUAAUUUGUUCGAUCGGGGCCGGCGCGUGGGAGAUGAACUUCGGCCAGCACUUCCAGAUCUACCUGCCCUGGGAUUACUACAUUUCCGGAAGUCUCAAAGGAAACAGUGAUGGCAAUAAAGCCGGUGGUAGCACCGUCAUCGCCAUCCUCGUUUUCUUCUCCUACAUCAUUGUCUUGAAUACCGUUGUUCCCAUAUCUCUAUACGUCAGCGUGGAGUUGAUAAGAUUGGGCCACAGUAUUUGGAUAAACUUCGACAACAAGAUGUACCACGAUAAGACGGACACUGCAGCGAAAUCGCGGACAACAACAUUGAACGAGGAACUUGGCCAGAUUGAAUACAUUUUUUCUGAUAAAACUGGAACGCUAACGCAGAACAUCAUGACAUUCAACAAAUGUUCAAUAAACGGGAUGACCUAUGGUGACCUCAUCAAGCACGGCGAAGCAGUCAACAUAACUGACAGAACGCCAAAGGUAGAUUUUUCAAAAAAUCCGUACUACGAAAAGACGUUUGACUUUUACGAUGAUCGUCUGCUGGGUGCAGUGGAGCAGGGUGUGCCGGAAGUUCACGAGUUCUUCCGGUUGCUCGCACUCUGCCACACUGUCAUGUCCUCGGAAAAGGAUGGUGGGUUGGGUGUCUUGGAGUACCAGGCUCAGUCUCCAGACGAAGCAGCCUUGGUGGGAGCUGCCAGAAAUUUUGGAUUUGUCUACAAGUCGCGAACCCCGACAACGAUAACACUGGAGGUGAUGGGUGAGGUGGAAGUGUACGAGCAGCUUUGCAUUCUGGAUUUCAAUAACGUUCGGAAGAGAAUGUCUGUCAUAGUACGCAAGGAUGACCGCAUAACCUUGCUUUGCAAGGGCGCGGACACCACCAUCUACCAGCUACUCGAUCCCAACAGCCAAUCACGACUCAAGGAUCAGACCACACAACAUCUCGAGACGUUUGCACAAGAUGGACUGAGGACGUUGUGCCUCUCCAGUAAAGAGAUCGAUCCGAAUUAUUUCACCGAAUGGAAGAAGAAACACCACGAAGCAAGCACUUCCAUGGAGGACCGGGAAGACAAGAUGUCGGCAGUGUACGAGGAGAUAGAGACGGGGAUGAAGUUGCUAGGCGCGACAGCCAUCGAAGAUAAGUUGCAGGACGGCGUUCCUGAGACCAUCGCUAAUCUAGCUAGUGCUGAUAUCAAGAUAUGGGUUCUUACUGGCGACAAACAAGAAACUGCAAUCAACAUCGGGUACAGUUGCCAGUUGCUGACGGAAGAGAUGUCGGAACACUUGUACGUCAUAGAAUCUGAAAAUAUGGAGGAUGUGAAGAGGGAGUUGACGGAAGCCAGGGACGCCAUAAUGUUCUCGCAAGUGAACAUGAGAGAGAACGGCAACAACUUCUACAACAACAACAGCAGCAACAACAACAGCAGCAGCAGUCCCUACAACAACAAAAGUUACGACAAUUCUACGACAACGCAGUCCAGUUUUCGACCAAUGUUGCGGCCGCCAGAGUUUGGUCUCAUCAUUAAUGGACACAGUUUGACCCACGCCUUGAAGCCAGAAUUGGAAUUGUUAUUGCUGGAAGCUGGCUGCAUGUGCAAGGCGGUCAUCUGCUGUCGGGUGACGCCGCUUCAGAAGGCGCUUGUAGUCAGUCUCGUCAAGAAGCACAAGAAGUCCGUCACCCUAUCCAUUGGAGAUGGCGCUAAUGACGUCAGCAUGAUUAAAAUGGCGCACAUAGGCGUAGGUAUCAGUGGUCAGGAAGGAAUGCAGGCAGUUCUGGCUAGCGACUACUCCAUAGCCCAGUUCAGAUUCCUGGAACGAUUGCUGCUUGUACACGGGAGGUGGUCUUAUUUGAGGAUGUGCAAGUUUCUCAAGUUCUUCUUCUACAAGAAUUUCGCAUUCACCCUCUGCCAUUUUUGGUUUGGUUUCUACUGCGGAUUUUCUGCACAGACCUUGUACGACCCAUUCUUCAUCACAUUCUACAAUGUCUUCUACACCUCACUGCCUAUAAUGGCUCUUGGAUUCUUUGAACAGGAUGUUAAUGAGAAAUUGAGUCUCCAGUACCCGAAUCUAUACAAGCCUGGCCAUCUUAAUCUUUUCUUCAAUAAAAAGAUAUUCUUGCAAAGUGUCCUUGAAGGAUUUCUGACGUCACUGGUCUUAUUCUUCGUCCCGUAUGGAGCCUACCAGGACGCCAUUGAGCCGAAUGGUUUGGACGUUUCGGGACAUAAAUCGUUCGGUCUCGUCGUAGCUUCUUGUCUCAUUGUCUCUGUCACAUUGAGAUGCGGCCUGGACACGAUGUAUUGGACUGGAUUCAAUCACUUCGUAAUCUGGGGCAGCAUCAUCUUCUUCUUCGUCUUCACUACCAUCCUCUACCUGGAGGCCUUCAAUUAUUCAUACUCCGGAGUGGUGGCUACUGUGUGGAGCACAGCCACCUUCUGGUUUACUCUGCUCCUUACUGUCAUCAUCGUUCUUACGACUGUUGUUGCAGAAAGGUUCUACUUCAUCGACACCCGACCAACACUCGUCGACAAACUCCGCUACCACCAGAAGAUCGGACAGUUGAAGGUCAAAGUUCGAAAACCGAUCAUCAUUAGGAGGGCAUCAACGACGAGGAGGAGUCAAAGGUCAGUUGGACGAACGGGCUACGCAUUCUCUCAUCAGCAAGGCUUUGGAGAUUUGAUAACCAGUGGAUCCAUCAUGAGGUUGGCUGGGCUUUCAAUCAAUCCUCUCAGUAGAGAAUCACUUUUUGAUGGCUUUUUCCAUAUCAUUUUUUACUUUCUAAUUAAAAUCCUUCUAUCAAAGUAUAAGUAA